AUGAUGGGAUCGUCGGGGGGCACCGUUGAUCAAGAGCAAGGGAAGGAAUGUGAGUUCUCGGGAGGCAAUGGGGAUACGAUUAAGAAGUCCCAAAUAUUCUCGCAAAUCCCUAACGCUAAGAAGAAACUAGUUCCGGAAGACGCACAGUUACGUCGUGAAGAGUGGCCGGGUCAUCUGGAUAGUCCGGAGCAGCACAGCACCUCAACAAGGAGUCACAUUAUCCGCAAAGGCGCAUUCGUUGCCUGGGCUAAGGAAUUCCGCAAACGUUACCCGACACGCCCUCACUCUCCACAAACAACAAUGGAAGACCUGUAA